AUGGCAUCUUCCGAUCCGUACCCAGUCCCUGGCGGGUCAUCUCACGUAGCAGAAGAAUCUACCGACGCGUCUAGUUUCGUCUUGCAGCCAACACCCUCUUCUGAUCCCAACGAACCACUCAACUGGAACACUUGGCGCAAAUGUCUUAACUUUAGCUUCGGCAUUGCCGUUACAGUCGCUGCAUUUACCAAUCUUUCUAUCCAGACUGUCUUUUGGCAGCAGAUGACCGUUGACAUGGGCGUCAGCAUCAGCCAACUGACCAAUGCCCAGUCUGCACAGCUUGCUGGUCUGGCGUUGGGCUGUUUGUUCUUUAUUCCCUUGACUAUCAAGUAUGGACGUCGUUCGACUUAUGUCGCUUCGACGGUGGGAUUGGCUGCUGUGGCUUGGUGGACUUCGAGGAUGACGUCUUAUGGGGAGUUGAUCGCCACGUCUGUUUUUACUGGUCUUGCCGGCGCCAUUAACGAGACUGCUGUGCAGAUGACUAUCGCAGAUCUCUUCUUUGUGCACCAUCGAGGCUCUGCAAACGCCGUCUACUUCACCGCCGUCAUGGUAGGCGCCUUUCUCGCCCCCAUGGCAGCUGGAGUCCAAGCCUCCACCCAAGGCUGGCGGUGGUCUUACUACACCUUGUCCAUCUGCCUCACCGUCCUUUUCUUCGUUUUCUUGGUAGCGUUCGAGGAGACAAAGUACAUCCCUGUCUCAGUCGGCCAGACAGAAGGCGUGGAGGUUUCUUCCGAGCACAGCAACUCCAAGGAGGACCUUGACGAAAAGAAGAAGAUGGAAGGCGAUGUGGCUACCAUCGCUACACAGACCGAACCGACUAUCCCCAUGAACUCGUAUCGUCAACGUCUCCGUUUCAUCACCAAGACGAAUGAGUCUCUUCCUCGACUGUUCAUGAUGCCUCUUUAUGUCAUCACCCUCCCCCACGUCAUGUUCACCGCCCUGCAGUUUGCCUCUGGAGUCUGCUGGCUGGUCAUCUUCAUGCAGGUUACCUCCAUUGUCUUCUCGGCGCCUCCAUAUCUUUUCACCACCGCUGGAGUCGGAUACAUGGCCUUGGGACCAUUCGUCGGUAAUAUCUUUGGCAGUAUAUACGGUGGAUCCUUUGCAGAUUGGGCUAUCGUUCGGUUGGCGCGACGAAAUGGUGGUGUUUUUGAGCCCGAGAUGAGAUUGUAUCCUCUUGUGCUCACUACUAUCUUCAUGGCUGGUGGAAUCAUCAUGUUUGGCGGCAUGCACUGGAUUUAUCCCUCCAUUGGUGGAGCAUUCUUUGCUUUUGGACUUGGUGCCAACGGCGAUAUCAGCUUAACUCUUGUCAUUGACACUUAUCGCGAGCUCACUGCCGAGGCCUUCAUCGGCAUCGCCUUUAUGCGAAACGCCAUCUCCGUCGCCGUUCCCUUUGCUCUCGUGCCUUGGAUGAAGAGUAUGGGGCUUUCCAACAUGUACAUCAUGAGCGGAAUCAUUGCUUUUGCCAUUGGUUCUCUGUUCGUGCCUAUGAUCAUCUGGGGACGUCAAAUGCGCACGGCUUUGGCACCGAAGUAUUGGAAGUUGGUCGAGAUGCGCUCCAAGAUUGGGUGA